UGUAUUCUCAUAUCAAGGGCUUGAGUGGAGCUGGGAGUUCCGGAGACACACAACAAUGGCUCCUGCAUGAUACUCUGAUGAUGUCACAAGUGCAGCUCACCCCUCCCCCCACCCUCUGCUUCCUCAGAGCAGGGCAGAGGAACCAGAGGGAAAAUCCACCUUCCCGAGCACAGCCAUACCAUCUCUCUCACUCGACUACUUGUCAGGCUAACCAGCAGCACAAAGGGGCGAGAAUAAUCAAUAAGCAAUGUCGAGUGAUGAUAAGAAUAAAGCUAGCGAGCCCAAGAUGGAACCUAAGAACUGCGAUCCCAGGUGUGAACAAAAGUGUGAGGCCAAGUGCCAGCCCAGCUGUCUGAAGAAGCUACUACAACGCUGCUCUGACAAGUGCCCACGGGAAAAGUGUCCACCACCACCAAAAUGCCCGCCAUGCCCCACGGUGUGCCCUGCAACAUGUCCUCCUCCAUGUCCCCCACCAUGCCCUCCCAAGCCCUGCCCCAAGCCCUGUCCUCCCAAAUGCCCACCACCCUGCCCACCUCCGUGCCCACCCCCAGAAUGAUGCACCUUGGACAUCCCUCCACCUCACUGCCACCAACCUGUGCACCAUGUACAACACCAUGAGGCUGGAACUGAAACCAUGAACUGACAAGUAAACGUGUUCCUCUGCUGUGCAAGACUUC